GUCAGUAGUCAGGUGCGUGAGAUCUGCUGUGUCACUUUUAUCACAGAGCUGCCAGACUAGGUCUUUCUCCUCAGUGAAUUUCCCAACAGACCCAACGGAGGAUUAAAUGAUCCGUGUCCCAGGAUGAUGGAGCGAAGUCAAUCGCCACACGGACAGCAUGAUGCUCUGACCUGGUUCACAGAGUCCCAGCUCCGGGUUGUGAUCAGGAACGGGGUCGUCCCAGAAUGGUUUCAUGGGAUCAUUUCCAGGAAGACAUCAGAGGAACUGCUGAUGUCCAAGCCUCGUGGCUACUUCCUCAUCAGAGUCAGUGAGAGCCGGAUUGGCUACACUCUCUCGUACUGUGCUGAGGACCGCUGCAGACAUUUCAUGAUCAGUGCACUUGAGGACGGUCAUUACAUCAUACUAGGGGAGAAACGGCGUCACCGGUCUCUGCACGACCUGGUGGACUUUCACCGUAGGACUCCCAUCGUGCCUUUCAGCCAGGUGCUGACUGUCGCCUGUGGACAGACCUCGAAUGACCAGACUGACUACGCAGAGUUGCUGUUUCCACAAAGACAUCCGAACCCAAACACAAGCCGGCUACCAAACAACUCGCUGCAUCCCAGCGUGAGCCACCCAACAUCAGGAGAAGAUGAUAUCCCACCGACCCUUCCUUAUCGACCAAAUGGCUUGAUGGACUCCGCUGUCCUGUCUUCAGACAAACUUUACCCCAGUUUCGAGGAAUACUUUCCACACGUCACCUCCUCUCUCCCACCCAUGCCUGCGACCAGAAAGAGAUACACAGCCGACAACCCUCCAUCCGACCAGCCUCCGGAGAUCCCUGCUCGGAGCUCUGGUCCUCCACUGAAGCAGGACCAGGUACCUGAGAGUCCCUCCUCACUUACAGCCACUGAAAACCCCCUCGGCACCAACAUCCAGUCUGUAAAGAACCAGGAAGCAAAGCCGUCAGUCGCUUCCAACCUGAAGAACCUCAGGAAGAAAUUCCAAAAGAAGAAGAGCUUGUCGCAGGAGUGCACGUACACAGAGGUUAAUGUGGUGUAUCCAAGGAGAGGAAACGCUGAGAAUGAGUACCAGAACACCUUCAACGCUCAACCAUUUUCUUACGCUCGCACUGAUGUGAGCGUGACUGAUGGAGGGUUACCUCACGAGUACCUUCCUCCUCCACCUUUUGCUCCAGGCUUCUGUUACGCAACUGCUCCAUUAGAAAAAUAAUUCACAGAUGGAUCAAACCCUAAGUGGGUGCAGGACAAACAAAGAAAAAAGGAGCAAUAGUUCACAUAUUGCUUAUUAAAACCUUACAGAAGUUUAAUCAUUUAUUGUUUCAACCUUUAUAAAACAGGUUAAACUGCUGUCCUCAUGUGAAUGUGAUUAGUGCCAGUGACUUUUGAGUGCUUCAUCUUUUAUUUAUUUGCUAGUUUAUUCAACAGAGACAAUACAGAUAAACAUUGUUACAUAAGGAGAAGUAAUGCAACAGAUAUACUCUCUAUAUAGGCAUCCAGUUAUUAGCCACUUUGUUUGGUAGUGUAAUGUAUGGAAAGUAUGAAAGGAAAACAGGAGGAAGUUUGACGCAGCGCAUGUAAAUCAGAUAUUACUGUACAUGGUUUACGUCAGCUGCUUUGAAUAAAGGAGACAUGCUGGAACAUCA